AUGCCUUCUCAAGCACCAUCUCAGUCGCAGCGACGAGAGUUUAGAACAUCAUCACAACGAAAUUUUGUGGAAACCGAUGAAGACGGUGUUCAACCAGUGGCAAGAGCAUCCUCUUCUUCUCCCGAAGAAGUGAUGGAUGAAAAAGAUAUUUUACGAAUUUUGAUAACAACGGACAACCAUGUCGGAUUUAAUGAACGAGAUCCUGUUCGGAAAGAUGAUUCAUUUAUCAUUUUCGAAGAAAUAAUGCAAUAUGCUCAUAAAUAUAACGUCGAUUUUGUUUUACAAGGAGGAGAUUUAUUUCAUGACAACAAGCCUUCACGUGAUACUCUCCAUAAAACUAUUUCCAUUUUGAGAAAAUAUGUUUUCGGUGAUAAACCAGUUCCAUUGCAAAUUCUAAGCGAUCAAUCUGUAAAUUUUAAAUCGAAUCCUGGUGGAACUGUAAAUUAUGAAGAUCCAAAUGUGAACAUUUCUCUUCCCAUAUUUGCAAUCAGUGGCAACCAUGAUGCAUGGUCUGGGGAAAACAGUCUGAGUGUAUUAGAUGUACUUUCUCAAUGUAAUCUAAUUAACUACUUUGGAAAAUGUGAGACUGUUGAUCAAAUUCAAGUCAAGCCCAUUCUCAUUCAGAAAGGAGAAACCAAGCUUGCAUUAUACGGACUAGGGUAUAUCAGAGAUGAACGUUUAUAUCAAACAUUCAAAAAUCAGAAAGUAACUUUCUUUAGACCUGCAGGAGAAGAUAGCCAAAAUGCAAGUGAAUGGUUUAAUUUGUUUGCCAUUCACCAAAAUAGAAAUCAACAUCACAAUAAGAAGGGUAAUAUUAGUGAGAGCAUGUUGAAAGGAUUUUUCGAUCUGGUAGUGUGGGGCCACGAACAUGAACAGCAAGUUGUUCCCACAAGAAGCGUUUCAGGAGGCUUUGAGGUGAUGCAACCUGGCAGUUCAAUAACAACCACAUACACUCCACAAGAGGCUAAACCAAAGAAGGUAGCUGUUUUAGAAAUUUAUAAGGACACAUUUAGAGUCAUUCCUAUUACUCUUAAAACUGUCAGACCAUUUGUAUUCGAUACAAUAUCUCUCUCAGACUAUGAGGAUGAUUUAAAACAUAUCAAGAACAACCCUGAAGAAAUUGCCGAUUUUUUAAAAGAGCAUGUCACUCAAUUGAUCAAACAAGCAAGAGAAGAAAAGUUGAACAACUUUGAAAAUGAUGAGGAAGCUUUGACUGAAUUGAAGAACUAUUGCAAGAAAUAUCCUGGAUUGGAUUUACCUAUUGUUAGAUUAAGGGUUGAUUAUAGUGGUGGUUAUGCAUCCAUUAAUCCUCAACGAUUUGGUCAAAAUUUUGUUGGAAAAGUUGCCAACCCAUCAGAUUUGUUAUUGCUAUCGAGGAAAAAAUCAGAAAAGGCAGAUGCUGCGGUUGUUGAAGAUGAUGAUGACCAAGAAAAAGUAUCUGAAAAGAAGAAACGAAGCAAGGAACAAUUAUUAACUGCUCUGAUCAAAAAUGAUAAUAAUGAAGAGUUUGCAGAUGCGGCAACUGAUGCCUUAACUGAUGGUAUUAAAAUAGAAGAUUUAGUUUCUCACUAUCUCAGAGAGACAAGUACAAAGAAAUCAGGUAUUGCUGGACUUCUAGUUCUUAACGAAUUUGAGUUUCAGAAUUCUGUGGUUGACUUUGUAGAAAAAGAAGAACUUCAUGCAAUAGAUGACUUUGUCACUAACGAUAUUAAGACAAAGCAAAAAAAAUUGUGGUCAGAUCUGAAGCAAGCACUAAAACAAUCAGACAAGGAUUCCCUCACAGAAGAAGAGUUAGAGGCCUACUUGCAGAAAUACAGAGAAGAAGCAAGGGCCAAUUUUGAAUUGAAUAGAGAUAAGAUCAUAGGUGAUCGCCUUUUAAAAAAGGCUUCAAGUUCUGCAGAUGGCGAUCAUGACGAAGAGCAAGAGGAGGAGGAAGAAGAAAAGCUAUCAAAAAAGAAAACUUCUCGUAGGAAGAAGGCCGACAGCGAAGAGGAAGAGGAAAAGCCAAAAAAGCGAACUAGCUCAAGAAGUAAAAGAAAGUGGAAGAAGAGGAUGAAGAGGAAGAGAAACCAAAAAAGAAAGCUACAAAACGAAAAAAGAAAGAUAGUGACGAAGAGGAGGAAGAGGCACCAAAGAAAAAAACGACUAGAGGCAGAACAACCAAAUUGA